UUACAAAUUAGUUGAACACGUGGCAAUUUCAAAUAUCUGAAACCUUGCACUUUCACCAUUUUGUUCUGUUCAUCAUUUUAAUCUGACUCUUUUAUUUUUACGAUUGUUCUCAGUUGCCUUGUUAUUUAUCCUAAAUACUGGUUGGUGUAUUACCUCUUUGAAAGUUAGCUCAACACUUAGCGAAGCAACGAAAAAAUGACAUACCAUGAAAAUUCUUCUGAGUUUGUAGGUGAAAAAAGUAAUUAUAUCGGGCUGGACGAUGCAUCAAAUAUUCGACCACUUUAUAAAAACAAAAUUCAUAAUCAGUGUCGUCUUGCUGGUCCAACGGGUCAACAAAGCAAUGGGGCUGUACAAGAUUUAUCUACAGAUUUCCUAGGUUAUGACUGGAUAGCCUCUAUGGUAGAUAAUCAGAUAAGGCCCAUAUGCACAAACAUUUCGAAUCGCCAAGUAAACGUAUCAGCAAAUCACUAUAUCGAUGAUGAAGAGUGGUUAAACCAGCGGGAAUUUUUCGACAAACUAAAUGCAUUUCGUCAAACAAAUUCUGAUCUUUGCUGUUCUCAACGACCUUUGAGCCUCCAUAAAACAUCUACGAAAAUCAGCCAUAACAAGUCUACGUUAAUGAAUGUUAGACAACGUGUUCGACCAUUACCACCAAUUAGAACAAAUAUGUUUCCCAAUAAUGAAACUAACUUAAAAUCCCCAACAAUUGUGCAAAACUACACAUUAAAUUCAAGAUUAUUUCCAGUGAGAACAGAUGUUUUAGCUUGUGAUGGAAAAUUCAGAGAAAAAGCUGUUGGUCCGAUAGUUCUAAGAAUUUCGAUUCCGUCUCAUCGUUUGAAAAAUACAAAACUCCUAAAUGAUUCAUUUAUUAUCUACAAAAAGCAUAAUCCAUUAUCAACAUCAUAUCCAUUUAAAAAUACUAUCUCUCUAAUAGGACAUUGUGAUUAUUCAGUAGAAACAAAACGUUCACAAUAA